UAAAUCAAGCAAAACAUGAAUCCCAAAUCAGUUAUCUGUUUGCUGCUCCAUUUGGCGGCGCUCUGGUUGUGUACGGCGGCGGACCACGACGGCUCGAGCAUCGUCUUCACCACGCUUGGCCGAUUAGACUACAACUUCGACAUCUUCACCCUCCCGAUUCGGGGCCCACCGUCCUCCACCACCGAAACCCAAAUCACAGAUGGCAAAUCCGUCAAUUUCAACGGCAACUUCCCCAACAAAACCCGAAUCCAAUCCCCCACGCGCUCCGACCCCUACCUCCAGCUCAUCUACGUCACCGAAAGAAACGGCUUCUCCAACAUAUUCUACGACGCCGUUUAUCUUAAUUCCCCGACGGCGAGCAGCGGAAGACGGUCCACCCUUGAAGUAUCGGACCGGGUUCAGAUCCCCUUGUUAAGUUUGGAGCAGGGGCAGAAUCGUCUUUCCAUGAAGGACAGGCCGACUUUGACGGGGGAUUAUUUGGUUUACGUCUCCACUCACGAGGACUCGGGUGUGCCAAGGACGAGUUCUGCCGCGGUGUACUCGACGCACCUGGACUCGGGUGUGACUCGGAGGCUCACUCCUCGCGGCGUCGCUGACUUCAGUCCCGCCGUGUCACCGUCCGGAAUCUGGACGGCGGUCGCUUCGUACGGACCGAGAGGCUGGACCGGCGAGGUCGAGGACCUGAGUACGGACAUCUACGUGUUUUUGACUGGGGACGGGACUAGGCGAGUCAAGGUGGUCGAGCACGGUGGCUGGCCGGGUUGGGUCGACGAUUCGACGAUUUACUUUCACAGAAGAGGCGAGGAUCAGUGGUGGAGUGUUUACAGGGCAAUUUUACCCAGAGAGGGUCCGAGCUCCACCAAGUCGGUGGUGGUUCAGCGAGUCACUCCGCCGGGUCUCCACGCGUUCACACCCGCCACGUCACCAGGAAACCACGACUUCAUCGCCUUGGCGACCAGAAGACCCACCUCGAGCUUUCGCCACGUGGAGCUUUUCGACCUGGUGAGGAACGAAUUCAAGGAGCUCACUCGGCGCGUCUCCCCCCAUACCCACCACUUCAACCCGUUCAUCUCGCCCGAUUCGAGUCGGGUCGGGUACCACAAGUGCAGAAGCAACAGAAACAAACAAGAAAAGUCCAAGCUUUUUCUUCAAAACAUCCACAGCCCAAUCCCGAACCUGUCAAUCCUGAGAAUCGACGGUUCGUUUCCUUCGGUUUCACCCGGGGGUGAUCUCAUCGCUUACGUGAACUUCCCGGGAGUGUAUGUUGUGAACCGGGACGGUUCGAACCGGCACCAGGUAUAUCCUGGAAACGCCUUCUCAACCUCGUGGGACCCGGUCCGUAAGGGCGUCUUAUACACUGGUGGCGGACUGGAGUUUGCACCUGAGACCGCGGAGGUGGAUAUCAUUGCCAUCACCAUUGAUGAUGUUGACCGAGCGACCUUUAAGAAGUUGACCACAAAUGGGAAAAAUAAUGCUUUCCCUUCACCCUCACCAGACGGGAAACAAAUCGUGUUCCGGUCUGGUCGUACAGGUCAUAAGAACUUGUACAUAAUGGACGUUGAAGUUGGCGAGAGUGGCGGGCUCUACAGGUUAACGGAAGGUCCGUGGACGGACACAAUGUGUAAUUGGUCUCCGGACGGAAAUUGGAUUGCGUUUGCGUCGGACCGAGAGGACCCGGGUAGCGGGAGCUUCGAAUUGUACGUGAUUCGCCCGAACGGAGCCGGCCUCCGGAAGGUGAUCCAAAGCGGGACGGGCGGGCGGACCAACCACCCGUGGUUCAGCCCGGAUAGUAAGAGCCUAGUCUUCACUUCAGACUAUAGGGCCAUAUCAGCUGAGCCCAUCUCAAACCCACAUCACUACCAGCCUUAUGGGGAGAUCUUUACUGUGAAAUUGGACGGCUCUGAUCUUAAGAGGCUGACACAAAAUUCUUAUGAGGAUGGGACACCGGUGUGGGUCCCCCAUUUCAUUAGGCCCACGGACGUAGAGUGGCCCAUCGAUAGGCCUGGGUGUGAGUUUGAGGACUUGCACUGGCUCAGUGAGGUUCCUAGCUACGGCGUCUUGAACAUGCGUCAAUGUGGUGUGUAAUUACAACAGCUUUGCUCACUUGCACAUUUUAUUUCACGUGUGAACGGUUGAGAUUUAAAUAAAUCUUAUUUAGUUAAAUCUUAAUCGUGUGAAAGAAAAUGUGUUGUGGUUUUAUUACUACUACUGUUACGACUGUGUAUAAAAUGUAGUGGAUUUACCAGGCUACUUUAAACCAUGUAAAGAAGAAAUAAAUCCAUAUAUUCCGUACCGUCUUUGUUAUGUGUACGGUGAUUGUAAAAGAAAAACGUAUGUUGUGAAAAUAAUUUGAAAAUAAGUUGUGAAAAUUUGGUAUUGACAA